GGCGCGCUCUCGUUUUCUCCUUUUUGUUUAUCCAUCGUCUUUCCCCUCCUGAAAAACGCUCCUUCAGUUCCUUCAACCCAUCUUUAUUCUAUUCACAAAUUCAUAAUAUAUAUAAGCAAAAAUUAAGUUUAUAUAUACGGAUCAAUUCACAUGUUCUGAGCAUUCCAUGAUUCUCGAGUCGACCCGGAACUGAGUUGGUUGAAGAAGAGUUGUCAAUGAGUACCAAUUCAGGAGCAGAAUCUUCCAAUGCUUCAAAUGGGGCAGAAAAACCCGCAGUAGAAAGGUUUCACCUUCCUACUCCUGAGGAAAUUCGUGGGCAAGAUAUAUGGAAUAAUUGCGCAGUUCGCAGUGUCGUCAGUGGUGUUAUGGGAGGUGGGCUUGGAGUGAUGAUGGGAAUAUUUUUUGCAGCAUUGGACAAUCCCAUCAUGCAAGAUACAAUGACAACCAGACAACAACUAGCUUACACUGCAAGGCAGAUGGGUCAGAGAAGCUGGAGUAAUUGCAAGACAUUUGCUGUAAUGGGCUUUAUAUUCUCUGCUGCAGAAUGUGUUGUUGAGAAGUAUCGGGCAAAACAUGACACUACAAAUACAGUAGUUGCUGGAUGUGUGACUGGUGGUGCAAUUUCAGCUAGAGGAGGUCCACAAGCAGCUUGUGUUGGUUGUGCCGGUUUCGCUGCAUUUUCAGUUGCUAUAGAGAAGUUGUUGGAGAGAUAUGAGUGAUUCCAUGGAGGCCUAAUGCCUGUCUGACUGCUGAUAUUUUCUGCCUGAUAUUCAUGUUAGCCUGAAUAUUCUCUCAGGAUUACAGAUAUAUUACGAUUUUGCUCUCUCAUUAAUCAAUAAACUUGUUGUCUUGGAUCAUAAAUAUAACAUUGUUAUUAAAGACUUUAACAUUAUUGUUGACACAUUGUUUAAUGUGCUGGACUGUUGGUGAUAUCGAGUUAAAUACAAUUGAUGUCAGCUUCUCUUGAUAUCAA